CAUCGACCCCGUGGAGAGACAGUGCAUAGCGGCACGAAACGACACGUAUGAAGAACAAUAACUUCCUUCCUGCCACAAUCCUUCUCUGAGCAGGCAGACAUCAUCGCCAAUGGCUACGUAAAGCCAUCUUCACAGGCCAUCGAAUUCCUGUCGAGUCCUGCACAACACAAUGACAGCCUCCAUGGCUGCAAUACCGGUAGCUGUCGACCCAGUGUCGCUAGUCGUGACAGAAUGCAUUACCGUCACUUCGGCCAUGCGCAAGCAUGCGCGCUGGGCACAUUCGAGUAUAUCGUCCAUUCUCGGCUCCUCGACGCACUCGCGAACGACCUCCUCCGACCUUACAGCGCAACGGACUCUCCAAGAGCGGGAACGAACGCGAGCGAGCAGCAAGAUUGACCUAAUAGAGCCGUACUUCAGCAACUACAACAAUGGCAGCAGUAGUGGAGGUGGUGAUGACACCUCGCGAUGGGGUCUGCGCGGCAAGAAGGGCCAGUCACUACAGGACAAUCCUCUGAUGAGCGGGUUCGCAAAGCUGAGAGCUGAGCUGAAGGGCGUUAGAGACAUUGAGACGAUUGCUACGCCGGACCUACUGCAUCCCUUCCUCCAGGUCAUACGAUCCAGCAGCACUACUGCGCCCAUUACGAGUCUCGCUCUGAUCGCCAUCACCAAGAUGCUGGCAUACAAUGUCAUCAGUCCCAACAGCCCUAAAUUCGCCCAAGGCAUGCAGCUGCUGGCAAGCUCGGUUACCCAUUGUCGGUUCGAGGGCGACAACUCUCCUUCGGACGAAGUUGUGUUCCUACGCAUUUUGAAGCUUAUGGAGGACAUGAUAUGUGGGGCGUCAGGAGAAGUGCUGGGAGACCAGUCCGUGUGCGAGAUGAUGGAGUGCGCGCUCUCCAUCUGCUGCCACUUGAGGAUGUCCGAGGUUCUCAGAAGAAGCGCGGAAAUUAGCAUGGUCACAAUGUGCCAGACCAUCUUCACCAGGCUCAAGACGCUGGAAGCAGAAUUUGAGGGUGACGAGGUUGGAGACAUGGAGCAAGAGCUGGGCCCGGAGGAGAUGGAGGCCGCUAAGAUUGACUCCAAUGGUGAUCUUGGGCCUGAUAAUAUGAAGAAGCAACGGUCGAGUCUGACGCUCGAUGUACCUGGGACGAACACGGAUACGCGACCGAGUACGGACAUGAACAGCAGUCAGAUUGAUCUGAGCUCAAGAAGUGGAGAAGAAGAGCCGGAGGACGAUGUUGAUGUCAAGCCUUAUGGGCUUCCGAGUAUUCGGGAGCUGUUCAGAGUGCUAGCUGAUCUACUGGACCCGCAUGAUCGACAACGCACAGACACGCUCAGAGUAAUGGCCUUGCGUAUUGUCAACGUCGCGUUGGAGGUUGCCGGGCCCAGCAUCGCGAACCACCCUUCCUUGGCCAGUCUAGCGAAGGACACCCUGUGCCGGAAUCUGUUCCAGCUGGUCAGGAGCGAGAAUAUUGCAAUUCUACAUGAGUCGCUCAGAGUGGCGGGAACGCUGCUUGCAACAUGUCGAAGUGUGCUUAAGCUCCAGCAAGAACUUUUCUUGAGUUACGUGGUGGCGUGCUUACAUCCUCGAGUACCCAUACCCGAAGAGCCAAACAUUGAUCCUUCACUAUAUCAGGGCGUGCCUCACGCCCCGACCUUGACACGACCACAGCCUUCGACGCCCGGGGGCAACAAUGUCCCGUCGAGCGGCCGCUCUACACCCGUGCCUGUUCGAGAUCGACAAAAGCUGGGUAUGGAAGGAGGCUCGAGGAAACCAGAUGCGAGAGAAGCGAUGGUGGAGAGUGUUGGUGGUCUUGUUCGAAUACCAAGCUUCAUGGCAGAGCUCUUCGUCAACUACGACUGCGAGACCGAUCGAAGUGACCUCUGCACAGACAUGGUCGGACUACUGUCAAGAAAUGCCUUCCCGGAUUCCGCAACUUGGAGCACGACCAACGUGCCUCCGCUCUGUUUGGAUUCUCUCUUGGGAUUUGUGCAGUUCAUUGCUGAGCGCAUGGAUGACGAGCCUGUUACUACUGGUUUGCCCGAAGUGCAAAAGCUGCGAGAGCAGCGGCAGCGGAAGAAGGUCAUAAUACGUGGCGCGACCAAGUUCAACGAGAGCCCUAAGGGUGGCAUCGCUUUCUUGGCCGCUUCUGGCAUCAUUGCAGAUCCAAACGAUCCGCACUCUGUGACAAGCUUCCUGAAGGGUACCACACGGAUCGACAAGAAAGUCCUUGGAGAGUUCAUUUCGAAGAAGUCGAACGAGGCUAUUCUUGACGCUUUCAUGGAUCUGUUCGACUUUGGCGACCUUCGUGUUGAUGAGGCACUGCGGCAGCUGCUCAACUCAUUCCGUCUUCCUGGAGAGUCUGCGCUGAUCGAACGGAUCGUGACAGUCUUCUGUGAGAAGUACAUGAAGGCUGUCCAGCCGGAACAAAUUAUCGACACUGACGCUGCAUUCGUGCUGACGUACGCUAUCAUCAUGUUGAAUACCGACCAGUACAAUCCCAACGUCAAGGCAACAAAUCGGAUGAAGUUUGAGGACUUCCAGCGCAACCUCCGUGGCGUCAACGGUGGAAAGAACUUUGAUGAAGAGUUCUUGCGCAAGAUCUAUGAAGCAAUCAAAGCUCGCGAAAUCGUUCUGCCCGAAGAGCAUGACAACAAGCACGCUUUUGAGCAUGCGUGGAAGGAGCUGUUGAUGAAGGUCAAUACUGCUGAAAACCUGGUGAUCUGCGAGACGAAUAUCUACGAUGCGGACAUGUUUGCUGCGACUUGGAGACCUAUCGUGGCGACACUCAACUAUGUUUUCGUGUCAGCUACGGAGGAUGCCGUCUUCCAGAGAGUGAUCGCUGGCUACAGCCAGUGUGCUCAAAUCGCCGCACGACAUGGCAUUUCGGAAUGUCUUGAUCACAUCAUUCUGAGCCUUGCCAAGAUCAGCACACUCGCAACGGAGACUCCUCCAAGCACGAGCUUGAAUACCGAAGUCCAAGCAAGUGGCAAGAGUAUUAUGGUGAGCAAGUUCGCAGUCGACUUUGGCAGAGACCACAAGGCCCAGCUGGCAACUCUUGUCCUUUUCCGCAUUAUCAACGGCCAUGAAGACACAAUUCGGGAUGGCUGGACUCAGAUUGUUCGCAUCAUUGUGAAUCUCUUCGUCAACUCUCUUGUGCCCACGAGUUUCACGAGUAUAUCCCGCGAUCUGGAUCUACCGCCCAUACCUCUACAGUCUCCAGCCCAGGUCAUCGAGCGCAAUGAUAAGAGCAAUGACGUUGGGCUGUUCAGCGCUUUCACAAGCUAUGUCAGCAGCGUGAUGAACGAUGAACCUCCGGAGCCGAACGAUCAAGAAAUCGAGGCCACGUUAACAACGGUUGACUGCAUAAAUGCAUGUCGCUUUGAAGAGAUCCUGGGCAAUGUCAGCGAGUUGCCGAUUGACAGUCUCAAGAGCCUGACCAUGUCGUUGCUCUCACAUUUGCCAGAACAAGACUCUCCCAGAGUCAUCGCAGUGAAGCCAGAAUUGCCUGCGCCUACACCGCUGCGAGGCAACGGCACCAAAGUCCGGGACGAGCCUCCUGCAUACAACCCCGCUGUUGUGUACGUAUUAGAGCUUGGCACGAUACUUGCGCUUCGCGACGAAGAAACCAUCACGAUAUUGGGACCAGAAGUCGCCGAGGCGCUGACCAGCGUGACCCGCGAUACGGACAGACUACACCCAGUGGCGCUGAGUCGAACGGUAUUCUACCUGCUCAGUCUGCUUCGAGCAAGUAAUGACCACGGGUACAUUCGAGCCCCAGUCGUCCUGCACGCGAUCUCCUCCUUUCCGCAAAACUUACUCAAACAGUGUGCUCUACCAAUCCUGAAGGGUAUAUACGGAUGCAUCUCCGGCCCUCAAGCAGAACUUCGCAAUGAGCUGGCUGGAAGUCCAGACUUCUGGAACAUCGUGCAUAAUCUGCACCGUGAGACAGAUGCUGCUGGACUAGUUUUUCAGAUCGCGGAGAGUGUAUCAGAUGGCCCGAAUGCCGCGAUAACACCUGACAAUUACGAAGCUUGCGUGGCGUUACUCAAUGCCUUCGCUACAGCUGGCAGCAUUGGCGCACGUGCAGAACAGGCCGCGCGUGCGGAAGCGUAUCCACAAUCCGGACGAAGAGGGCAAAAGCCGCCUUCGCGCAAGGCCGAGAACGCAGAAGAGGAGACGACGCCUGAGAAGAAGAAGCCCAAGAAGCCUGAAGCCGUCGUCCGUGGUGCUCGUGCCAUUUCUUUAGUCUCGCAGCUGGCAGGAAGGGUGCCUCAGCUCAUCAAGCAAUCGCAGCUCGAAACGGAAGAAGCUUGGAAGACGUACUGGUCCCCCGUCUUCCGCUGCCUUGCUACCCAAUCCACAAAUCCUUGUCGCGAGAUUCGGCAGCUGUCUCUUUCCAGCUUACAGCGAUGCCUACUCUCUCCCGAGCUCGCUUCGCCCGAUCACACCGAGUGGACUAACAUUUUCUCGGAAGUGCUCUUCCCGCUGAUUCAACAACUCCUGAAACCCGAAGUCUACCAAACCGAUAUGGUUGGCAUGGGCGAGACUCGUGUACAAGCAGCACAGCUUCUGUGCAAGAUCUUCCUACACUACCUCGUCCUGCUUUCGGAAUGGCCUGGUGUUGCGGAGCUCUGGUCUGGGAUAUUGGAAGUCAUGGAGCGGCUGAUGGGAAGUGGACAGCGGGACGGUGGAAUCCUGGAGGAAGCUGUGCCGGAGAGCUUGAAGAAUAUUUUGCUGGUCAUGGGCUCGGGUGGGUACAUGAUCCCGCCGCCUGUGGAAGGCGAUGAUGAGCGGACAGACUUGCAGAAGAAGCUCUGGGAUGAGACAGAAGUUCGCUUGGAGAGGUUCCUGCCUCAGCUGAUGAAUGACGUAUUCCCAGAGAGGGGCCCGCGAAAGGCUGCAGAGGCUGAGGAGGCGACAGAGGAGAAGGCGAAGGUGGAAGAGGCAGCAGAGGAGGACGACAGUGCGGAGAAGGCAGAGGCGUAGAUGAAAUGAGCAUUUGCAUGUGAAAAAAGUGUAGAUGCAUAGAAGAGAGUGUAUGUUUACUAUAAGAUGAGAUGAACGUCUAUCACGAGUUUUCCUCUCUAUA